UUACUGCUUUUUCGAUCAUUUCAGCUUCGAUGUCGAAAGGAAGGGAAAACAAUAGCGGAAGUAAUCGGCUGCCACACUGUUGAUUCAUGGAACGAGCAGCUCCAGUUGGCAAACGCGUCCAAGAAACUGGUGGUGGUGGAUUUCACAGCUUCAUGGUGCGGGCCAUGCCGUUUGAUUACACCAGUCCUGGUAGAGCUUGCUAAGAAGCUGCCUCAAGUCAUAUUCUUGAAGGUUGAUGUGGAUGAAUUGAAGACCGUGGCUCAGGAUUGGGCUAUCGAGGCAAUGCCAACUUUGAUCUUUCUGAAAGAAGGCACCAUAGUUGACAAGAUUGUGGGUGCUAGGAAAGAUGAACUGUAUCAGAAAAUAGCUUUGCAUUCUUCCGACUCGGUGCAGACGGCAUGAAUCGACGUUUAGUCGUACUCUAUGAAGUUUGAAGUUGUUUCUGGAACUAUGGUUUUACUUAAUAAAUAAUAAAUGAUGUCUGUCUGGGCAAAUAUUAAGUAACGUGCCGUUGUAUUUGCAUUUGGCUACUGUCUGCUUCCGACCUUGUUUAAAUUUGAGGUCUAUCUUAUAGUAAAGUUAGUCUAAUAUUUUCUGA